AUGUAUCCAAAGGGGCUUGUUGUGGCCUCGCUGGCUGCGCUCCAGCUUUCUGGUGCCCGCGCCCAGAACCAAGAUGAGGUCAAUCCUUGCCGGGCCAUCAUGGAUGAGCAGAAACAGAACUCCAGGAGUGCGAAUGUAACGUACGCGACCGACAUGAAGUACCUGGUAAACUUUGAUGCGGAAAAGGCCUAUGAGUGCAUCACGUCCGUCCCGCUAGUCGCCGAGGAGGCCAGCACGAUGAUCGACGUUUUUAAGAAUUAUUUCUCGCUCCAGAGCUCGCUUGCAUAUCUCAAAGACCCUCCCAAGUCGUAUCAGCGGUUACCGGUGGAUGUUAUGGGGCGCUUCGAUGCGAUCAAGACCAAGCUCGGAUCGGGAGAGUACAAGAACCAGUACGAGUUCGACCUGGCUGUUCAAAGCAUUAUUCGCGAUGUCAACGACUACCACUUUUACGUAUAUUCUGGAGUUCUGGGACUAUUCCACUGGACUCUGCCGGAUUCACUCACCGCAAUCUCGUCGGACGGCCAGAGUCUCCCCCAGCUCUUCGCCUGGUCUGAUAUCACGAACAAUGUCCAGAAUGCAUCGGCGGUCGUGGAGUUGGAGGGCCAGUCCGCCUUCACCUACCUCCGAGGCUACCUGGAGCGGACUUAUUUCCUGGGUUUCAAUGAUCCAAACGCAGACUGGAACUCGCUGAUGGAGAACCCGGCGGCCGAUUUCAGUACCACCGGCCGGGGCAAGCAGAGUUUGCACUACAGCGCGUUCCAGACGACGCAGAUCUACAACGGCGCGUCGCUCAAGGGCCGUUACGCCAAUGGAACUCAAUUUGAGUGGCCAUACACGGCUGGAUCGACGAGGGACUUGACCAGAUACAGAUAUUACAAUGGCUCAGCUAUAUACGGAACCGAAGUCAAGAACCGGAACUCGACCUACAGCAGCAAUUUCGCCUCGAGGGCUAAUCUAGAGAAGGAAUACGAACUACACGUCGACUCUCGAGAACUGGAGGCGGCGGCAGACUGGGACCGGUCCGUCCUCACCCCUAGGAGCGCCGUCAGCUCCGUUCCCUACUUCGGCUACCCCCGCGACCCCGACCUCGUGCAGUCCGACUUUGGUGAGGGCGGCAUGAUCUCGGGCUACUUCCUCCGGGACGACAAGAUCGGCGUACUCAGCGUGCCCAGCUUCCAGACAUCGAGCGACGCCAGCCCCGCGACCUUCAGCUCGGCCGUCAGGAGGUUCAUCAGGGAGGCCCAGGCCGCGGGGGUGGAGAGGAUCGUCAUCGACGUCAUGGGCAACCGCGGCGGCUCGCUGCUGCUCGCGUACGACAUGUUCCGCCUCUUCUUCCCUGCCGCGCUGCCCAAUACGCUGUUCCGCGCGCGCGCCUCGUCGGAUUUGAAGACGUUGGGUAAUAUUGUGACGAACGUGAUUAAUAGCAGCAGGUCCUUUGACUCGUUUGAUGCGGGUGACAUUACGGUGCUGGGCGCCGCUGGUGAGUUGAACACCGGGGUGCUGCUGAGGGCCGAUAACUCGAGCUGGGAUUCGUACAAUGACUACUUCGGACCGAUCCAGAGCCACGGCGACAAUUUCACCAAGAAUGCUCAGUAUAACCUGGACAGCAGGUCGAUUGCGAGGUCGCUCGGCUUCUAUGUGGCAGGCUACGGGAACAACGUGCCCACGUACAACGAGACCUGGAAGGCGGAGAAUGUCAUCCUUCUGAGCGACGGCCUCUGCGGGAGCACCUGCGCCGUGCUGCACGCCCUCAUGAAGAACGACGCGGGCGUCAAGAGCGUCGUCGUCGGCGGAGUUCCUGGAUACGGGCCUAUGCAGGUCGCGGGAGGCACUCGAGGCCACAACGUCCGCACUCUCGAUGCCCUGAGUGAUGUGAAGACGACUGUACAGUACAUGAUCAGCCUGGCCAGGAAUCCCAAGCAGGUGCUCUCGCUCCUGGGCGUGACGGCCGAGGAUGUGAAUCAUCUGCCAAUGACGUUCGCCGAGACGCCUUGGAGGGUGGGCGGUGGAGGGAUUAACGCUCUCGACACGGUCAUCCGAGCCAAGGACGACGUGCCGCGACAGUUUGUCUACGAGGGCGCCAACUGCCGGCUCUUCUGGACGGGCGAGAGGGUGCGCGACAUCUCCAAGCUGUGGCGGGCGGCGGUCACGUAUGCCAGCGGCAACUCGACCAUCUGUGUGCCUGGCUCGGUGGACGGGCCUGGAUCGAAGGCGAAUGCCACCGUCACGGACGAUGUUGGGGUCUCGUACAACAAGACGUGGGACAAGGUGAACUCGACGGAUGUCCCCAAGACGACCAACAGCGGGAGUGAUAAGCAGCAAGAGAAUGACGACUCGGCGGCAUCGACGUAUGGGGUCGGCAUGACGGGUUUAAUGACGAUUAUGUUUGUAUGGGCUUUAUGGCUGUGA